AUUUCAUGUUUACGCGGCUGCCGCUGUGUUGUGCGCUUGAGUUUCACUUUUGUUGUCAGUGAUUUGUGUCAGUGUGUGAUUUGUGUUUCCCAUUGCAUUCAUGUGGUUAAACUAACUCACCUCUGCUUACUCUGAACUCAUCAGUGAAGGAAUUAACGUCAUGUCUUUCUGAUUUUCGCGCAGUAAAGACCAUGAUGGAGCAAACACCUACGCAAGUUGAGCCUUCACAUUCCGUUCGAGCGUUAGACGCCUUUGAGGACUAUGAUACUGUCAUUAACAUAGUAAGAACAGUGAGUUCUCAAUCUAUGAGUGAUUUGGAAGACGAGAGGCUCAUUCAGAAGUUCAAAGACAAACUUGACAAGUACCUGGAACAGCCACACCUUCUCGACUCGUGCAUAGAUGAAAUAGUGAAACAACUGUUGCUACCCGUCCGAUCACGAGAUUGUCGACACGAGACAGUGCACAGGUGUCUCAGGUACCUCUUGGUACUUACCCGUGUUCGUGGAUACAAGGUGAUCGCGAGGUGCUUUCCGCAUGAGAUCACUGAUGUUGAGCCUGUAUUGCAAAUGCUGGAGGAAUAUACACUUGAUGAAUCGUCUCCGAGGAGCAGCUUGUACAUGCUGCUGUUAUGGCUUUCCAUCUUGGCAAUGGUCCCGUUUGAGCUGUCAAGACUAGAGUCUGGAGAUGGGCUUAAUAAAUCUAUUGCAGAAAGGGUCUUGAACGUCAUCAAGGAAAAUCUUAGGAGACCAAGCGAGGCAAACUUAGGUUCAGCAAUUGCUGCUGCAAGGUUUAUUGGGCGACCUGAUGUCACUCUCUCUUAUUUGGAAGGUUUCAUCUCUUGGCUUCUUGAGAACAUAGAUUCAAAUGAUGGAAGCAAGAGUCAAGUUACAAUAGGAGUUUUGUCUUCAUUGGCUGGCAUAUUUAAGUCUAUCGAUAGAAAACACCUUGCUGCGCACAUUACUACCGUUGUGAAUGGACUUGCAGCAAAAAAUGUUAUGGCAUCUAAGGAUAUCCUCGUCAGGAAGCUUGCAUUGAAGCUCACACAAAGAAUUGGCCUAAGCCUUCUGCCUCCAACUCUGGCACCAUGGAGGUAUUUGAGAAGCACGAAACAACUCGUUGAUAGCAUUUGUAGUUCCUCUGAGACACGUGAUGCAUUUCCUAAUAUAAAAGAGGAAGAAGCGUUCGACAUCCCUGAAGUAAUUGAGGAGAUUAUUGACAAGCUUUUGGAAGGUCUUUCAGAUGAAGCCCUCGUAGUGAGGUGGUCUGCAGCAAAGGGCAUAGGACGCAUCACCAGCCGGCUGCCAAAGGACCUUGCAUCGGAAGUUGUUUCUUCAAUUUUCUCCUUUUUUGACCAGCAGGACAAUGACUGUAGUUUCCAUGGAGGCUUGCUUGCAAUGGCUGAAUUGGGCCGCAGGGGAUGCCUUCUUCCUUGUCACCUCCCGUCAGUUGUGAAAGCCAUUCUCCCAUCACUUGUAUUUGAUGAACAAAGGGGAAGGUCAGCAGUAGGUGCAAUUGUGAGGGAUGCUGCCUGCUAUGUCUGCUGGACUCUCGGCCGUUCUUAUGAUCCUGUACAUGUUGAGCCAUUUGUAGAAUCUAUAGCAUCUACGCUGGUCAGUGUAGCUGUCUUUGACAGGGAAGUAAACUGCAGGCGUGCAGCUGCAGCUGCAUUCCAAGAAUGUGUAGGUAGGCUCGGUACCUUUCCUCAUGGCAUUUCCAUUAUCACCAUUGCCAACUACUUCUCGACAAGCAUUCUCACAACUUCAUAUCUAGAAGUAAGCAUGCAGAUUGCUGACUUCCCUGAGUACACAAGACAUCUGAUUCAACAUUUGGUUGAGAGCAAAGUUUGCCACUGGGAUGUUAGCAUGAGAAAGCUGGCUUCCCAAGCUCUGUUCAAGUUGACAGCAAAAGACCCAGAAUAUGUAAAAACCUCCUGCCUUCCCAAGUUGGUCUCUCGACUUACAAGUCCGAACAUACAACUUAAACAUGGAGCUUUACUAGCUGUGGCUGAAGUGGUAGAAGCUCUCUCUAUCUGGGCACAACAACAACUCACGGACAUUAAGGAUGUUUUAGGGUCCGAUACUGUAGAACAAAUAAAGUCACUCUUGGCUACAUAUGAAAAUGACAAGACCUUCAUUGGUAUUGGACAUGGGAUGAUGAAAGGCACAUUCUGUUUUCUGCUUUGCAAGCUGGCUUCCUCUCAUUUUCCUGUCCAUGGAUCGUGGGAACUGUUGGAACAUUGGACUUCACUGAUCAACAAAUGUUUAACAUCGACCGAUAGUUCAUGCAUUGACGAAGCUCCAACUGCUUUGUGUGCCAUUAUGCAAGAAUACUAUGGCUCUGCACCUGGUCAUCAGGAAAAGGUUGUCCGAAAAUGCUUGGAGAAUAUAAAAUCUGAGCAUCGGGAAUGGAGGCGCAAUUUUGCGCAUGCUUUAGGUUGUCUUCCAGACUUCAUUCAUGUUGGGUACCUACCUGCAAUAUUACGUGGACUUAUAGAGUGUGCAACAACAGAUGGCGCUCCACUUGUGCAUUCCAGAAGGGAGGCAAUUCUAGCGCUAUCUAAACUGUGCAAAUCUGUCGUUACUUGUGGCCGACUUACUGCCUCAGAUAUCGAUCAGGUAAUGGAGGCUUUGCUUUGUGGCAUGGACGAUUACAGCCAGAGCAAGGAGGGCGAUAUGGGCCUUGUUGUACGCAUGGCCUCCAUGCUUGCUUUCAAGGAGAUUGUGUGCUUCCUUGCUGAAAGCAAGCCAGAGCUUAUUCAAGAGUCACAUAUUUCACGCAUGAUGUCAGCCAUAGCACAGCAGUGCGUGGAAGUCGUGGAUGAGAAUCGCAGAUUCGGAACAAAUGUAUUCAUUGGAGUGUUAUACAGUACUCCCGUUGUUCCACAUAUACCACAUUUCAAAGAAGCUCAAGCAGCCUUACCACCCGAAGUAUCAAAGGGACUUGGUUUUGCAUAUGCCUCAAAUGCAUUUCCAUACUGGGCAAAGUUCCUUCCCUUGAUGGCCUACAGGAGGCCUCUCUUCAAGGGAUUCUUGGUCAGUUCUGGAUCACGUAGUGAGCAUGUGUUUGAACCAGCUAAAGACGCCCUCGCAUCCUAUCUACUGUCGCUUGAAGAAGACAGAGCCCAGCAGGAAGAUGUCUGCAAGAUUUUGAUUGACCUUUUAGAAGACAGUUCCUACACACACCGGGCCCUCACAUAUUACAUGACCGCUAUAAGUCGCCUUGUGACGGAUGGGGCUUUCAGGAAUUUUCCGCCAGUCUUUUUCAAUGAACUUCAGCAUUCUAUAUGUGUGAAGACCUUGAGGUCAAAAUCAUUUGUGAAACUACAAGCAGCUGUCAUUAUGUUGUGCGGUCUGCUUCAGUUCGAAGGGGAGAGUAGGCUGCACCUUCUUCAGAGGCUACUUCUACUGUUGACCCACCAAUAUGAGCGCCUGAGAAUGGUGGUGGCUGAAAAACUCUGUGAAGCAUUCCUCCUGUUUCCUUUCCUCGAUAACGAACACAUGGACGAGGCAUGUACUAUUCUGUCAGAAACUAACUGGUACGCACCACGGCAGGAUAUUGAACCUAUGCGACAGCGAUUGGCGUCAAUACUGGGCAUUGAAAUAAUACCACAGCAAAAGUAGUUCUUUAAUUACCUUCUGCCUGAUCAACCCAUAUAACCAAGCUUGAGAAGUUGCGCAUUUACAGAAGUGUUAUGAAUCAAAGUGCCUGUCAAUCUUUUGCUUCUGAGCUGUCGCCAAGGAAGGUUCACACAUUUUUCCUUUAUUGUCACAGAAACAACAAGUAAAAAUGUAUGGGGUGGCUACCUAUAAAAGUUUACACAUGCCGACGCACCGUACUCACGAAAUACUCAAUGCAAGUGGAAAAUUCCUGUAUCCACGUGGAACUCUAAUUGGUAUAUUUCAUCAUGGUAAAUUUCAAACCGACUCAACAUCGCAAUCCAAAGUUACAACCAAAAACCUCCAAAUCCAUGGGAAAACAAUCAAGAUGGAAGCCAUGUUGGGUAAACUUUUAUAGAAGUGGUGCAUAGAUUUGCUGUUCAAAUUCCAGUCAGAUUCAAUUGUUGCAGCUGCUCAUUUAAUUUAGUUUUGAUGUAUUAAAUUCCAAGUACAAGGGCAGUUCGUGAUGCACCAGAUACAAUAAUUAUUUCUCUUCAGCUCUUUUGGUCCUAAGAUGUUCAUUAGACGAGAUAUGUUUAUGUUGGAUGUUCUGUCAAUCCUACCUGUUGCACAGGAAAUGUCAGCACAUGCAGUAAUUUUGUACCUGUUUGGGAAUCCUGAAACUAUCUGACCUUGCUUCUCUGAUCUCUCUUCAACUAGCAUGUCCAAAUAUGCAACAUAGAUGCCUUUGGUUACAAACUGCAUGGAAACAUGGAUUUGUUUACAUGCAUUACAAUGUGACAAUUAGAUUCUGCUUACUGUUUCCGGUUGCUUGUGCCUUCAUGUGACCAUGCAUGCUUGAUUGUAUUUUGCGAGGCUAUGUGUAAGUAUAUGUUGCAGCCAUGGUAGCAUUGAGCAGUUAAUAAUUUAUUUACAUUAAAUAUUCUCUCACUAAAUA